AUGAAGCUGAGAAUGAAGCGAGGACGGACAGGUUUCAAAUCAAAGUGCCCGACCUUCUCUUCCCACAAGCAGAGGGCUAAGAGACAGAAGAAGGGGGGCUCCAGCUUGGCCCUGUCUCCAUCAGAGGACUGGGGUAACCUGCCCCACCACGUCGUCCUGCAGAUCUUCCAUCAUCUGUCCCUCAUAGACCGGGCCAAGGACUCGUCUGUGUGCCGCCGAUGGAAUGAGGUCUUUCACACCCCUGACCUGUGGAGGGGGUUUGAGUUUGAGCUCAAUCAGCACCUACGCUCCACUCACCCUAACCUCAUUCAGCAGAUCAUCAAGAAGCACGGCCAGCACAUGCAGUACGUCAGCUUUAAGGUGGACAGCUGCAUAGAGUGCGAAGAGCCGGCCUGUGACAUUCUCUCCCAGCUGGUGAACUGCACCAUUAAGACCCUGGGGCUGAUUUCCACAGCACGGCCCAGCUUCAUGGAUGUGUCCCAGGCUCACUUUGUGUCUGCACUGAUCCAGGUGUUUGUCAACUCCGAGUCCCUGUCCUCUAUCAAGAUUGAUGACCCCGAAGUGGACGACCCGUCCUUGAAGGUGCUGGUUGCCAACAACAGGGACACGCUCAAGCUGCUGAAGAUGAGCAGCUGUCCUCAUGUCUCCCCAGCAGGUAUCCUGUGUGUGGCAGAUCAGUGCCAUGGCCUAAGGGAGCUGGCAUUGCACUACCACCUCCUCAGUGAUGAGAUCCUGCUUGCUCUGUCCUCUGAAAAACACGUCCACCUGAAGCACCUGCGCAUUGAUGUGGUGAGCGAAAACCACGGUCAGACGCACUUUCACACCAUCAAGAGGAGCAGCUGUCAGGCUCUGGUCCGACACUCGCCCAAGGUGACCAUCGUCAUGUACUUCUUCCUCUACGAGGAGGAGUUUGAUCCCUUCCUCCGAGAGGAAACUCCCGUCACCCACCUGUACUUCAGCCGGGCCGUCAGCAAAGAGAUGCUGGGCCGCAUUAGACUGAACUGCCCUCGGCUGGUGGAGCUGGUGGUGUGUGCCAACGGUCUGGGGCCCCCGGACCAGGAGCUGAUCCAGAUCGCAGAGCGCUGCAAGAGCUUGACGGCCAUUGGGCUCGCCGAGUGCGUGGUGACCUGCAGUGGCUUUCUGGAAUUUGUGAAGAUGUGCGGGGGAAGGCUGACUCAGCUGUCAAUCCUGGAGGAGGUGCUGAUCCCAGACAGCAGCUACAACAUGUCGCAUGUGGUUCCCCGAUAUGAUGCCCACCUGAUGCACUGA